GAGAGGAUCGCAGAGAGUCACCGCAUGUGAGACAACGCAUGGCGCAAAACCAACAUCCAAAUCGACCAAGCCCACACGAAAAGCGGCGGACAGCACUGUCGUGGGGCAAAACAGAAAAUACAACACACAACAGCAGCGGCAGUUAUAGUGACGGAACGGGGGAAAAAACUUCGGUUCCAACUCAACCAACGCAAGAGCUUUAGAGUCAGUCGCUAAUGCGCCGCUGAAACGCGAUCAUCGAUAUAGGAACGACACCGCGGGGUACGAUCAUUGUUACGCUCACACCGGUGGGACGGAGACGAGAGCUCUUAUCAGCUGAUACGCGCCAUGGGAUGUUAACAGCUCAACUAAGGUGUUUGAUACCUACUGGCAGAGGUGCAACAAAUGAGCUGUCGUUAGUGAGUUUUUACAAAUGAUUGGUAGUUUGUCAAUUGUUGUGCAGUGCCGCGUAAGAAAAGUUGGAAAUGUUAAUCGUUACGAAGACAACUUUCGAAUGGUGACCUGAAGUAGCAAAACAGUUGACAAGGAGCGAAUGCCUUUCUCGGUGGUUUGUUGAUAUCAGCUCGUGAUAUGCUAAUGUUUCACCAUUGCUGCUGUGGAAUGGAAAGAAGGGCGGGCGUUCGGUGUUGCAAUGCAGUGUAGAUGAAUUGUUGUUUAUAGUUUAUAACAAGUGUUAUCAAAGGAAAAUCAGAAGCUGAAGUGAAGUCUAAUAAAAAGUGUCAAGAUACGUACAGUAUGAGAAUUAAACAUGCGUUCAUAUUAGCACGUAAAUCGUUUUCUGUUACAACAACCGCAUCGUCGCGCGUGCGAUUUCAAUUGCGUUGGUGGAGGAGAAGGCGUUGAUUGAUGGGUACCUCCACUGCCGGGAAGCAAGAUAUGGCCAUCGGGGAUCGGCUGUACCGGGAGAACCGGUCCUCGAGUCGAAGACCAACUCCUCCGCAGCAAACGGCAUCAUCGGAUCAUGGUGCCGUACACCGCCGACGAAGCGACAGUUUCAUCGCCUGUGUGGGGCCACAAUCGUCAAGAUUUCACAUAAUCCUCUGCCUAUUCAUCUCCCAGCUGAUGACGGCAACCUACGGAGCGGAGUUCAUGACAGCAGGUGUUGCCGGCGGAGGUCGUUCUUUCAGCAUCAACACCCCGCAUCAGAAGGACCAAAGCUCCUCCUUUACAAACGAGUCUAGUUUAGAUAGGAUUAAUUCAGCGUCACCUUUAGUCAUCGAUAGUAGCAGUAUUAAUGGUAGCACUAGUAUAGUAAACACUAAUAGUAGCAUAAGCACUAACCAAAGAAAGCAGGCUGCAAUAAACCAAGGCAGUGCCAAGGAAGCAUUCGGCAUUACGUGGAAUGCGCUGAAGUACGUCAAUAAGGGAGAGUUUGGAAAGAAGCGAUUCGACAAGAAAUCGAUCCUGGUUACGCCUCAGGCGGUGGACAUGGCCGACUGGCAGUGUCCCAAUAUUAGUCAGAAUGCCAAUUUAGAAUGUGGCUGUGAUAUGCCUCACACACUAAGAUGUCGAGGGGAUUUACACGGACUGGAACUGAUAGCUGAAGGCCUUCGAGCGUCCAGGUAUUCUGUGUCGCUGCUGGAUUGUACGCUGAAAAAUGUUACUGUCUUGAGUGAUGCAAAUAUCUUCAAGAACGUGUCGUUACAAGGGUUGGUCAUAUCUUCGGGAGAAAUUAAACGGGUUCACAGAAUGGCGUUCGCAGGCAUCAAAAACUCGUUGCAAGCAUUAGGACUACCAAACAACGCUUUGUUAGGUGUACCAAUGCAGUCAUUUGUGACGCUUCCCCAGCUAGACCGAUUGGAUCUAUCAAAUAACAAAAUCAAGUCAAUCCAGAACACAGAUUUCAUCUCACUUUCGAAGUUAUCUUAUCUGGAACUGAGUGAGAACCAAAUUUCAUACAUUGCACCCAAAAGUUUUAUGCCGCUUAGAAAUUUGAUUCACUUGAAACUGAACGGAAACAGACUGGGAGAAACCCCAGAAAGUAUGAAAUCUCUAGAACCAUGCCUGAAUCUCAGAGAACUGGAUCUUCGUUCGAACACUAUUCGUGGGCCGCUGCGAAAUACAACUCUACCCGUGAUCAAAGGUUUGGAAAUCUUGAAUCUGGAUAAAAAUUCGAUAUCCAGCAUUAUGAACGGUGCCCUAGAAGAUCUGGCGUAUCUGCAGAUGCUAUCACUUCGACACAAUCAAAUUGAUGUGCUGCAGGAUCAUGCAUUCUCUGGUCUGGCGUCGCUUCAAGUUUUGGAUCUUGGCCAUAAUGGAAUUAUCGCCAUCUCCGGAUCAUCACUGAAACAUCUGCCGAGGCUAAUAGUUUUGGAUCUCACACACAACUUUCUUCGAGCUUUGACGUCUGACAUCGUUUCGCCGUUGCCUUCGCUUAAAGAGCUACGUCUGGAUGGGAAUGACAUUUCCAUCAUCGCCCAGAAUGCGUUGUAUAAUGCAUCCGAACUACAUAGUCUAUCCUUGGAAAACAAUCCACUUGCUUGCGAUUGCUCGAUGAGGCCAUUUGCCGAAUGGCUGGCUACUUCGCGUAUAGCUUCCCAGGAUGUUCUUGGAGCCGUUUGUGCCACACCGCCUCAUCUGGAGGGGGCAUCGUUACUGCAAAUCACAGUAGAGUCCAUGAACUGUAAUGGUAGUGGAAAAGACAAAACUGACGAGAGUACCUUCAAAACGAUCGAGGUUAUGUUGAAGCUUAAGAACAACGAGUCCUACAUACGGGAUAUCACCGACGAAGUUCAGCUCAGAGGGAUCAAUUUCACCGACGAGAGCGAUGUGUUCUUACACUGGAGAAUGCAGACGGACGACUACUCGUGUCGGUUCGUGUACGUUUUUCACGACGAUGAUCCGGAGAACGUUCUGUUCGAGUCGGAGGUAUCCUGCCUUCAAGCACCGGAAAUGGCGAAUGCUACUGAUUAUACUUUCGUUACCAAGCUGAUCGGAGCGUACGAUCUUCAAAGCGAGCUGAGCUACAAGUUUUGCCUCAUAAUGAAAGAAGACAUCUCCAAGGAUGAAUUCCUCGGAUCAUGUCAGAUGACGAUUCUUCCGGUGCCGUACGUCAACCGAACAAAGAACAAGUCCAUCAAGAAGGAGCUGGUUCAGAUAAACGAUCCACGCAGUUUGCCACUCGCACCAGCGGAAGAAACCGACGGGGAAACGGAUAUUUCCGAUUUAAAUCGCAUUGCAGAAGCGGACCGGCAGGCGGACGAAGCGGACAGAGCCGGUGCGUACUACGACGAAAUGUUUGGCGGAAGAACGGCUGCUGAGGAGGCAUUCAAUCGAAUGCGGUUGGAGGAGGACGAAGCUGCACGGUUGCCGUCGGUUGGUGCCAGCAGGAUAUUGUUGGAAGGACUGGGUACGAUUAUUGUUCUCACCAGCUUGAUGGCAUUCAUUUGGGCGUUUAUCCGAUUGAAAAGUGGCCAGCGUAACAUUCCGUCGAUGAGCACAUGCUAUACGGUGGAUGACAGAAGGGGAGCACUGCAGGAAAUCGAAAGCAGAAGUCGAUACUUUAAGUUACAGGCUACCACUACUUUAUGAUCAAUGGAAUAGGGAUAGUGUGUGGUGUCGUUCUACAAUACUAGGUAAAAGUUCUCGACUCUACGCUGAGAUGUCUCAGUUGAAUUGUUAUUAUUGCUAGGUUAGAAUUCUAAUCUUGGUAAUUUCGAGAAACUAUAUGGUAUUGUUACGUUUUGUAAAUAUUUCUCGAAAACAAAAGUAUUUAUACACUUUCAAAAAUUACCAACUUCAUUAGUAGGUUUGUGAAUUGAUGGAUUACCAUUACCAAGCUUUCGAUACUAGAUUUCAAACACCGUUUGUGCCAUUUCGUGUAACAUGUUUUGUAAAUAAAGCAAUUAUAAUAUUAUA